AUGCUGCCACACCCGGGCUCUGAGUCGAAGGCGAGCUCUCCCUUCAAUAGAGUCACCUGGGGGGUAGCAGGAAGGUGGAUUGAGAAGCAGCAGCAGCAGCAGCAGCAGCAGCAGCAGCAGCAGCAGCAGCAGCAGCAGCAGCAGCAGCAGCAGCAGCAGCAGCAGCAGCAGCAGCAGCAGCAGCAGCAGCAGCAGCAGCAGCAGCAGCAACAAAGCAACAACAGCAACGCCUAA